AAACUUAGAGUCUGGUGGGAAUGCAGACCUCCAGGAUGUCUUCUUCCCGUUUCCUGUGCCAGCUCUGCAACGAGCCUCUGAAACUCUCACAGGCGCUCUGGGCACUGCAGAAGGAGCCCUUGGAAGCCCAGCAAUGUACCAGCCCCUCCACGACGACCGCAGUCUCUGAGGAGGCGCUACAGGCCAGGACCUCCAGCAGCCGCCUUCCUGACUGUGGUGGGACACCCCAGGAACGUCCCUGCUGCUGCACCUUUACUCUGCUCGGUAGGUCUAUAUCCCUGAGAACUUUGCACGUCAUCCAAAACACCACCCUAGAGAUGUCCGAAGUCCUCUCUGGCCAGAAGGACGUGGACCACCCACUAUGUGUGGACUGUAUGGACAAUCUUCUGACGCAAGUAGAUGCCCAAAUCGCUCUAGUGGAAUCUGACAACCAGAAGUACAGGAGUUUCCUGGAGAGAGAGUCGCUGGUGAGUGAGGAGGAGAGGGAGGCCACGCACACGGAACUUUGUGCCGAGCUGCGGGAUCUGGAGCAGGAAGAAGCGAGGCUGGCUCUGGAGCUGAAGGACAUAGACCACCAUCAUGCAAGAAUAGCUGCCGAGCUCAGAGCAGCCCAGGCAGAGAGCAAGGAGCUGAAUCAACAGAAGGAGCAGUACUUGAUGGAUUAUGCUGCCUUGAAGAUGGGCCAGCUGGAGUUGAUGGACCAGCUGAGCAGUGUGGAGACCCAGUUGGAGUAUGCCCAGAAGCAGCUGCAACACCUGGAAAAGGCCAAUAUUUUCAACAUCACCUUUACAAUCUCGGAUGAGGGUCCGUUGGGCAUCAUCAACAACUUCAGGUUGGGCUGCAUUCCCGGCAUCCAGGUGGGAUGGGAUGAGAUCAACGCCGCCUGGGGACAGACCGCCUUACUGCUCUUCUCCUUGGCCAAGACAGUCGGGCUGCAAUUCCAGAGGUACCAACUAGUUCCCUGCGGGGACCAUUCCUACCUCAGAUCCUUGAACGGCGACGGGGAGCUGCUGUUGUUCUCAGAUGGGAGCCAAAACAUCUUCUUGGAUAACAAGUAUGACCGCGGAAUGAAGGCCUUCCUGGACUGCCUGCAGCAGUUUGUGGAUGAAGCUGAGAAGACAGAAUGUCUCUUCCUGCCCUACAGGGUCCAUGUGAAUGAAGGUUUGAUGGAGGAUGCCACGGGCAGUGGGGAAUGCGUCUCCAUCAGGACCCACCUGAACACAAAGGACCAGUGGGCAAAGGCUCUCAAAUUCAUGCUUACCGACUUAAAAGUGAUUCUUGCUUGGACUUCUUUAAGGUACUAUUGUACGUAG